UCUCUCUCUCUCUCUUUCUCCUUUUCCUCUCCCUCUCUCUCCUUCUCUUCUCUCCCCCUCUCUCCCCUUCACGUUGCCUUGAUUUUUCUUUUUCCCCUCUCUGUGAGGCUAGGGGACGUUUCACUGGAGACAGCAGGCAGUGUGUGCCCCAGAGAGAGAGAAACAGGCGCUGCCGGAGGAAGAAGCCGCAUGGAAGAAAGGUCCUCAGCUGCCAGGAGCCCAGCAAGCCAGUGCUGCCGCUUGUAAAGCCGGGAGCGCAGUGCCUUCCACCGGCCCCAUCCCCUCACGGGAGCAGGUCCGGACAGCGGUCCCCGUCCUUGCCAGGUCUUCUGCUGCAGUACCUGGUGGAGACAGGAACUGAGCCAGAGGAGAGCAUGGAAAUGCUGCUGUCCACCCCACACAGCAUUGAGAUCAAUAACAUCACCUGUGACUCCUUUCGCAUCUCCUGGGCCAUGGAGGGCAGUGACCUAGAGAGGGUCACACAUUACUUCAUUGACCUCAACAAGAAGGAGAAUAAGAACUCCAACAAAUUCAAGCAUAGGGAUGUGCCCACAAAACUGGUGGCAAAGGCAGUGCCUCUGCCCAUGACCGUGAGAGGCCACUGGUUCCUGAGCCCCCGCACAGAGUACAGUGUAGCUGUGCAAACUGCAGUGAAGCAAAGUGAUGGAGAAUAUCUGGUGUCUGGAUGGAGCGAGACCGUUGAGUUCUGCACCGGAGAUUAUGCCAAAGAGCACUUGGCUCAGCUGCAAGAGAAGGCAGAACAGAUAGCCGGCCGUAUGCUCCGAUUCUCUGUCUUCUACCGGAACCAGCACAAGGAGUACUUCCAGCACGCCAGGACUCACUGUGGGAACAUGCUUCAGCCUUACCUGAAGGAUAACAGCGGCAGCCACGGCUCCCCCACCAGUGGGAUGCUCCACGGCGUCUUCUUCAGCUGCAACACGGAAUUCAACACAGGCCAACCCCCUCAGGACUCCCCCUAUGGCCGCUGGCGCUUCCAGAUCCCGGCCCAGCGCCUCUUCAACCCCAGCACCAACCUCUACUUUGCGGACUUCUACUGUAUGUACACAGCCUACCACUACGCCAUUCUGGUCUUGGCCCCCAAGGGCUCCCAGGGUGACCGGUUCUGCCGGGACCGCCUCCCCCUCCUGGACAUUGCCUGUAACAAAUUCCUGACCUGCAGUGUGGAGGACGGGGAGCUGAUCUUCCGCCACGCCCAGGACCUCAUCCUGGAGCUCAUCUACACCGAGCCCGUCGACCUGUCGCUCGGCACUCUGGGCGAGAUCAGUGGACACCAGCUGAUGAGCCUUUCCACUGCCGACGCCAAGAAGGACCCCAGCUGCAAGACCUGCAAUAUCAGUGUGGGCCGCUAGGGACUCCCGGGGGUGGGGGGAGGGGGUGGGGAGGGACCCAGGUGGAGAGGACAAGGGAGAAGUGGGAGGGAACCCUUGGCCUUGGCCCAGGGAGCUGGACUUCUCUCUUGUCUCCUUCUGACCCUCAUCCCAGGCCAUGCCGCCUCCGCCUCUCUCCCAGCACUAGCGGGUCAAUGGGAGUCUGGGUGAGUGCAGCCCUUUUUCAGCCGGCACUGGCAACUUCUCACUCCCAUUGGAAGCAAGUCAUGCAAGUCUUUCCUCCUCCAUAAGGGUCUGGCUAGUGCUUCCAUAGGGGUGGCCCACCCUAUGUGGAUAGAUUUGCCCAGGUGGGGGUGGGCUGGCUCUUCCUGAGGUUUCCUUUCUUUUCUAGUCCCUGUUCUGCUGUUCCCGACUGACUCUUGCCUGCCCCCAGGUAGUGAUGUCCUAGUCCUGGACAGGACUACCGGGACUCAGUCCCAGUCCCAAUCCCAGCCCCCAGGAAGACUCUCUAGGCUUCAUCUUCCCAAUGCUUGUCUCCCGGAAAGAUGUGUAAGGAGGCUUGAGAAGCUCUCCUCAGCCCCAGGGUACUUUACUCAGAGCCAACCAAGAAAUUCCCCCAUGUCUUUUCUUGAGCCAUGUACUCAAAUACCUAUUCUCUAAGCAGCUCCCCCAUCCAGGCCCAGAACUCUUUCCCCUAUAAAUAGUUUCCUUCAAUGUGACUCCUUGGCUGUCCCCUGCCCCAGCUCUAUCCCUAGGAAUGGCUACUCCUACCCUGCCCCAGAGUCUCCCCCUUCCCAGAAUAGGGGCCUUCUUUCUUUUCUGUGCCAUGUGGGCACUUAGCUGUUGUUUUUGUUUUUGUUUUCCUUUCUUUUCCUUCCAGGGAGCUGAUGUGCCCUGAGGCACCUGCCCCUUUGUCCCAAAGCAGCAGAACUUAGACUUUAAUUAAUUGGGGUUGAAGAUGGGGAGUAAGGGAUAAGAAAGGCACUGGUACUCAGAAAUGCCCUUUCUCCAGCCAGGAACGGACUCUUUACCCCAAUCAGGGCCAGCAUGGAGCUGGAGUGCCACAGACUUUCCUCCAGGGGCCCUGGCACCAUGCCUAGCUAGGCUGCUUCUCUCUCUGUUUGCCAUGGUGCUGUGCCUGUGUUGUACCUGUGCAUUAGUCAGACUGUGGCUUCUCUCACAAACACCUUGCCCAGGCCUUUUCUUUUCACCUGGAGGAAUCUGCCAUAGUCUAUCAGGCAUUGCAUUUUGCCAGAGCAGGUCCCAGUUGGGCGUGGUGUCCCUUUUCCCCUGAGAUUACUUGAGACUCUCAGGGAAAACAUGCCAAGGUUGGGGCUUCCCACUGAUUUCACAUAGUAGUUAAUUAAAUGUGAUCACAGGUCAGAGAGUGGCCUCCCAGGAAGGGGUCUGACAGCAGGUGAAUCCCUUCUUGAGACCUCGAGGUAAUCGAGGGGAGGUCAGAGCUUAAGUUGGGCAAGAUAAGGAAGUGACAGCAAUUUUCAGAGAUAAGGAGAUUAGGGGGCCAAAGGAAUAGCAGAUACUUUUUUGAUUACAAGACAACUGUACCCUCAGAUGGAAGGAUGAGUGGUUAAAGAACCCCCUGGGAUGGGGCUGAAGGUAGUAGCUGGUAUGAACGGGUUGGGCUCUGAGAUGCUUGGAAGAGGAGAGGACACAGACACUUUUGGCCCUUCCUGAUCCCUCUGCUUACUACAAUGCCAGCAAGAGGUCCUUCCCCUCUGCCCCAGUCCAUGUGUCUGACCUUUGCUGAUGGCCUGCCUGUUCUGUGCUUACAAUGUGCAUCAAUAAACCACUACCACCAGA